AUUCCGUGUUCGGUCCUACGAGAAAACUAAUGCUUUUAGGGUAAUAACUAAAAAAGUCAAUGUUCUUGCCUCUUCGAUUGGUUUCGAUUCAUUCUGCUUUACUCCCAUUCCUCAUAAAUACUAAUCACCGCUUCAUCCCUAAUCUCCUCUAUCUCUCGUAAGAAGAACUUCUACUUCGAUCAAGAUCUUAAAAUAAGUUUGUUUUGUGUUGCUAUUUUCAGUUGGUGAUUUUCUCUGCUUUCUAAUUGUUUAGGUGUGUAUUUUCUAUUGAAAAUUAAAGGGGAUUUGGGAAGGGGAUUUCAAAUUUGAAAUUCUAGUGAAAUUCAUCAAGAUGGCUGAUGGAUCAGUUAGUACCCCAAUUAUUGGAAAAGAAGAGAAGACAAAGGUUGAACUUGAUUGGGAAGUUGUUAAGGUGGAUAAAGAGGUUGAGAAAGAAAAGCUUGAGGUCAAGAUGAAGGAGGUAAAACAUGAAGAUGACAAGAAAGAGAAGACAGCAGCCAAGCUUCAAAGAAAAAGCUCAUCAGUACAAAAAGAGAAGGCAAAAGAUAUCGAGAAUAAAAAGGAAAUAUCGUUGAAGUCUGAUGAUGAAAAAGAUAAGAAGGUCAAGGUUAAGGAAGACGAUGAUUCAAAAUUGGAAGGGAAGAACAAAAAAGAAACGAAAAAAGAAGAGAAGCACAAGAACAAAGAUGAAGCCAAAGAUGAGAAGGAAUCCAAAAUGAAGCACAAAGACGAGGAUGGAGCAGAAAAGGAAACAGAAGUGAACAAGAAGAAGGAAAAGGAAGAUGAGAAGAAAGAGAAAAAAGAUGAAAAGAAACCUAAGAAGAAAGAUGAGAAAUCUGGGGAGGAUGAUGGAGUGAAAGAAAAGAAAGGAAAGAAAAAAGAAGCCGAUGAAGAUGAAAAUUUUGAAAAAAAGGAAAAGAAACAGGAAAAAGGUAAGAAAGAUAAGGAGAAGGGUAAAGGUUCUGAUGCAGUGGAAGAUAAGAAAGUGAAGAAGGAAGUUGAGAAGGAAGAAGAAAAAGAAGAUGGUAGUAAAGAAGAGAAGAAGAAGAAGAAAGAUGAGAAGGAAAAUAAGAAGAAGGACAAAGGAGAAGAAGAAGAUGAUGGUAAAGAAGAGAAGAAGAAGAAGAAAGGAGAGAACAAAAAGGAGAAAAAGGAGAAAGGAGGAGAAGAAGAUGGUGGCAAAGAAGAGAAGAAGAAGAAGACAGAAGAGAAGGAGAAGAAGAAAAAGGAGAGAGGAGAAGAAGAAGAUGAUAGUAAAGAAGAGAAGAAGAAGAAAACAGGAGAGAAGGACAAGAAGAAGAAGGAAAAAGAAGAAGGAGAUAGAAGUAAAGAAGAGGAGAAGAAGAAGAAAGUAGAGAAGGAAAAGGAAAAAAAGGACAAAGGAGUAGUGAAGGGCAAGGAUGAGGGGAAUGAUGAAGUGAAGGAAAACAAAGGGGAGAAGAAGAAGGGCAAGGAUGAAGAAGAUACUGAAAAAGAAGAAAAGAAAGCAAAGAAAGAAAAGAAGGACGAGAAGAAAAAAGACAAAGGCGAGAAGGAGAAAGAAGAGAAGAAAAAAGAUAAGAAAAUAGUAGAAGAUGAAGAAAAGAAGGACGAGAAGAAAAAAGACAAAGGCGAGAAAGAGAAAGAAGAGAAGAAAAAAGAUAAAAAAAUUGUAGAAGGCGAAGAAAAGGAGGGCAAACAUAAGAAACAAGACAAGGACGAAGUAGAAGACAAGAAGGGAAGAAAGGAGAAGAAGAAAGAGAAGGGAAAUGAUACGAAGACGGAGGCCUCAGUUAACACCAGUAGGGAAAUUGACAUAGAAGAAUCCAAGAAGACUGAUACCUCAGUUACAAACACCAGUAGGGAAAUUGAAAUACAAGAAUCUGAGAAGGGACCUAAAGGAGAAGACGAGAAGAAAAACAACAAAGAUAAGGAAGAAAAGAAGAAGAAAGUUGAAGAGAGAAACAAAACUAGAGAGCUAGGAAAAUUGAAACAGAAACUAGAGAAGUUAGAUGUUAAAAUAAAUGCCUUGCUCCUGAAAAAAGUAGACAUUAUGAGGCAAAUAAAAGAAGCUGAAGAUGGAAAUUGCGACACCGCUGCGAAAGCAGUGGAAGUGGCAUAGAUCUCAUAGGUUGGUGGCUGUGUUUUUCUCAUCCUCAGCUCUAUGAAACAAAACUUGGAGAUGUAUUCUUAUUCAGGUUUUCCCUAUCCUCACCAUUUCAAUGAGUGAAUAUGUACAUGUAUUGUGAUAAAUAUGUAGAAUUACACUUUUUUCUUUUC